CAAAUGGAGGAUAAUCAUGAAAUGCCGGACAUCAAGGCAUAUAGGAACAUCUUCUAUGGAUUUGAUGAAGAUGACGCCUUACACCAUCUUAAAAAGGAGUACGAGGAUCCCAAUGAUCCAAAACAGAAGAUCAAGAUUCCAAAGUACAAAAACAACAAGAUCAGCACCUCUAAAUACAACAUCGUUGAUUUCCUCCCUAAAGCUAUUCUCAUACAAUUCCUACGAAUUUAUAACUUCUACUUUCUCUGAACCAUAGUUCUGCAAGGAGUCCCAGCAGUCAGCACUAUGCCUGUCUACCUGGCUGCCUUGCCAUUCAUAUUCGUGAUUGGUGUAUCAGUUUUUAGAGAGUUCAUCGAGGAAAUUAAAAGAAGAAAACAAGACAGAGCAGUCAAUAACUCUAAAGCUAGGGUCCUUAGAGGAAAUAAAUUCCAUGAAUGCAAAUGGAGAGACCUCCAAGUCGGAGAUAUUAUAUUCGUGCAUGAAGACGAAACCUUCCCCGCAGAUUUAUUGCUCCUUGCAUGAUCAGAUCACUAUGGAACGGCAUAUAUUCAGACAAUGACACUUGAUGGAGAACGGGCUCUUAAGCCAAGACAAGCUUACACUGAGUUCCUUGAGAAAAUGAAGAAGCGUGGGGUCGGACUUGAUAAGCUCAUGAUGCAUCUAAAGUGCGAAAAUCCUAAUACUAAAAUUUAUCAAUUCGAAGGCCAACUUACUUGUGAGAAUCCUAAAAUUCCGUUGAUGAAGACCACUUUAGAUCAAUUUUUGCUGAGAGGAGCUGUGUUGUCAAACACUGAUUGGAUUAUUGGAAUGGUAGUAUAUGCUGGCCAUGAUACCAAAUUGUUGAAGAACCUUGGAAAGAAUAAAUAUAAACAAACCCAUAUCGAAAAGAGACUAAACAAAGUUGUUAUUUUCUUGAUCCUCUUUCAGACCGCUUUAUGAUUAAUGAUUUCAUUUCUUGCUGCAAACUAUAACCAGAGAAAUGGAAUAACUACUAACAGUGAAGAUGAAGCAGAGGGAUCAAUUUACCUCUUCAAAGACCCAUCAAGCUCAAACACUAACGUACUUUUGGAUGCACUUUUAGGAUUUUUAAAAUUCUUCCUUUUACUGAGCUCAAUCCUUCCAAUCAGUUUACUGGUAUCCUUAGAAGUCAUUAAAGUGCUACAAAGUAUGUUUAUCUUUGGUGAUCCAAAGAUGUUCAGUGUCUCCAUUAAUCAAUCCUGCAAGGUCAUGUCUGUCUCGUUAAACGAAGAACUCGGCUGCAUCAACAAUAUUUUCACUGACAAAACAGGUACACUAACUUCAAAUGAAAUGAUUUUUAAAGCUUGAUGCAUUGGAAAAGUUAAAUAUGACAAGAAGUCGAUUGAGCAUUACCAAAUUGAAACUCCAAGUGUAGAAAGCAAUAGUGUGAAUGACAAAAACUCUGCUAAUGAUGAUUUCAAUCCAGACUUUGACAAUAGCGACGAUAACGGCGAGAAUGUACUAAGAUGUAUGAAGAAAAUUAUCACUCUGAAUUAUAAUGAUGAAGAAGUUACCAAUGAAUACAGGUUUGGUAAUAUUAGAAUCACCAAACAGACUGACUUUUUACACUACUUUUGGACUGCGCUUUCUCUUUGUCAUGAGGUUAUCUCAAUCUCUAAAGAUAAACAGAAGUUAAAUAAAGAGCACUUUGAUGACCUCUUCCUAGCAGAUGAUGAAGUAGAAGAUGCUUCAAAAAGCCACUCAAAGAUAAUCAAGAAGAGAACCUUUGACAAUAAGCCUAAGAAAACAUGUACUGUCACUGAAGAUAAGCCCAAUGAUGACUUCAAAGUUGGCGUGAAUAAUAAAUUCUUUAAAGAUUCUCAAGGCUCUGAUUCCCUUAGGGAAGAAAUGAAGGUAGAAGAAAUUGAAGAAGACAAACACAUCGAAAAUGAUGACUUCAGUAUUUCAGAGAGAAACAUUGAUGCCGAUGAAGAGCUUAUCUACCACGGAAUGUCUCCAGAUGAGAUCACUCUAGUUGACGCUGCCAAGCGAGUGGGCUAUGAGUUCAGAUACAGGUCCAACAACGAAAUAGAAAUCAAGAUCGGAGGCCAGAGAAGAGUGUUCAGACUACUUGAGAUGUUCAAAUUCACAUCAGAAAGAAAGAGAAUGACUGUUGUUGUCCAAGAUCCUGAGGACCCUGAGUUCGUGAUUGUGUUCACAAAGGGAGCAGACAACAUCAUGAAAGGUCUCAGUGCCAAUCAAUAUGAAGCACAUUUUGAUUUCUCCGCCAUUGGAAAAUUCGCAAAUAAAGGAUACAGAACACUUUUAAUAGGAAUGAAGGUUAUCAAAUACGAUGAAUUCUUAAUAUGGAAAGAUGCUUAUGAUAUCAGAAACAAUGACAUUGAGAAUGAUCAUGAAGAAGAGCUCAAUGAACUCAUCCAUUCAAUCGAAAAUGAGCUUUUUCUUCUUGGUACAACUGCUUUAGAAGACAAAUUGCAGGAGGAUGUUCAUGAGUGUAUUGAAGAAUUUAGAAGAGCAGAUAUCAAAGUUUGGAUGAUUACUGGAGAUAAACUUGAAACGGCAGAAAAUGUCGGAAUUUCUUGAAGAUUAUUACAUGAAGAUGCUAGAAGAUUUCACUUUGUUUCAAAGGAAAUGAAGCAAGCCAAACAAAUUGCAAAGAGCACCUAUCGAGAAAUGAAAAGACUCAUCAAACAGAAUAAUGAUGCAAGGGAAAUACCAUUACCUGCUGAAGAGUCAGAAGAUUCUGAAGAUUUAGAAAGAGGAGAAUCUGAGAACCAACUUGAAGUUGCCGAAGAGGAUAAUAAGGUUUGAGAAUCUUCUGGCAAAAAUAUGAACACAAGUUUCCACACUCAUCAUUAUUCUGGAAAUACAAACAGAAUGAAUGCAAAUAAGUUGACAAUUCAUGAUGAGAAUGCUUCAUCAAAUGAUCUGUUUGCUCCUGAUAAGCAAUUGAAGAUUACCGAAAAGAAACUAUUUGUAAAGCAAAUUAUCUUGAAGAGUUCUCUUGGAACCUCCUUCAAUGUCAACAAGAUUGCUACUGCUCCAGUUGCAGAUAUUAACUUUGAAAUAGUCAUUGAAGGUGACUGCCUCGCUCUGAUGUUUCAUGAAGAAAAUAGAAAACUCUUCGGAAAAAUCAUCAAAAAGGCAAAUGUGGUUCUUGUCUGUAGAUCUUCGCCCAAGCAAAAAGCUGAAGUUGUCGAGUUUGCCAAAGAAGUCAACCCCAAGAUGGUUUCCCUGGCAAUCGGAGAUGGUGGAAAUGAUGUCAGCAUGAUCAAAGAGGCCGAUGUAGGAAUAGGAAUAUUCGGAAAAGAAGGAUACCAAGCUGUCUCUGCAUCAGACUAUGCUAUUGGAGAGUUCCAAUUCUUAAGAAGACUCAUGUUCAUCCACGGAAGAUUUAACACAAGAAGGAUGACUAUGUUCAUUACCCAGUUCUUAUUGAAGAAUUUAAUCUUCAGUAUCUCCCAGCUUUCAUUUGCUUUCUUCAGUGCAUAUUCUGGCCAAACAUUUUUUGAGGCUGGAUACACAUCGAUCUUUAAUACCUUUGCUACCCAGUUAAUGGUUUGUGCAUGUGCAGUUGCUGAUAUUGAUAUUAAUCCAAACCUAAAGGACAAGACUACAAAGCUAUUACUUCCUUACCUCUAUGCAGAAACUAGAGAUCAUCUAUCUUUCAACAUCACAAAUUUUGUGACUUGGUAUUUCUAUGGAUUAGGAGUUGGAGCCAUGAACUUCUUUGUAUCCUAUUACUCAUAUCUUAACGCAGUUGAAGUAGGAGGUAAAUCAUUCGGACUUUGGCAGUUCAGCUUCACGACUUACAUUGCAGUAGUCGCAACACACCUUGGCUUCAUUGCCAUCUAUAUAGGAGCUUGGAAUUGGAUUGUUGUAUUUGUAUUUGCUCUUCAUAUUGUAAUAUUUUACCCAGGGUGGGCCUUCGCCUACAAUGAGUUGCCAGGAACACAUAUAACUGGAAAUCAGUUAGAGUUCUACAACCACUUAAAUUUCUGGUUGAUCGUUUUCGUUAUUGCAGUGUGUGCUAUUCUACCAAUAGCCUUCAUUAAACAAGGGAAAUCAAUGUUUUUCCCAAGGCUGAUUGACUUAAUCAUGAGAAAGAAGAUUCAUAAAGAAAUUGAUAUUGAGAAUAAACUUAAGAUUGACAUAGUCAAGCUUGAAAAGGAGCUUGACUCAGAGAAUGACGAUGACCAAUCAGUCAGGAUGUCCCAAGGUUUAGCUAACCAGGUCCGGACUUCUCAUCAUGGAACUAUUGAGAAUAUUAAUAAAGGAGGACUUAGCAGCGCCCAAAGUGAAAUUGAUUCUAUAAAUGACAGUAAAUUUGGAGAUGAUGAUUUUGGAUCUGCAGCUGGAGCAAGUGGCAUGAAUCGAAGCCAUCAUCAUGUUAAAUCCACUAGUUCUUUAGCUAAAUCUCAAAGUGUUAAUUCUACAAAGAAAUAUAGGCUUGCUCAAAGUGUAAGAAAAGAUCAUGCUAAUGCUUCUCCGACUUUCCAAAAAUUUAGCGGGAAUAUGCUUGAGCUGAGAGCAAAUGCAAGUAGGAAUUCAGAUACCUCCUCCCAAUCGAGGAAGAAGAUGAGAAAAUCUAAUAGAGGAGCAUUUGGUAACAGGAAAAAGACAGAUCACCAAUUCCAUCCCCAGCUUUCAUCAGUUGGAGGCCACACAAUACAAGAAAAAUCUGACGAAGAAGAUAAGGAAGAAUCUUCUCUCAACUCAAGAAUAAAUGAAAACCAAGAUAAUGAGUCUUGUUCCGAAGAUAACUCCUCUGAAGGGAGGGAAGAGAGCUCGAGUGAAAAGCCCUCACAAUCCGAUGUUGACAAUAAAUACUCCAUAGAAGCUAGUAGUAUAACAGAACCAGGAGUUUUUGGAAGGAAGAAUCACAGGAGUCAAAUCCUUGACAAUAUGGGUUCUCAAUUCCAAAACAGGAAGUCUCUCGAGGUCAGCGAUCUUGACGAUGAGUCUCCAUAA